UAGCUUAUGUAGAUAGACAAUAUGGAGGCGGCUGAAGAUGCUACGGGCGAAGAAGUUCAGGCAAGUGCACUGGAUGUGGAAAUAAAAGAGGAAGAAGCCUCCGAAGAUGCACCUCAAGAAACUGAAUGUCAACGUCAACAAAUAACAAUCGAGUCUUCAAGUAUUGAACUUGAAGAUGAGUUCGGAAAAUGGUCAAAUAUGAAGAAUUUCCUGGGUAUUUCUGGCAUCAAAAGCGACGCCCGGCUCGCAGGGUUCCUCAUGAAUUUUUGGUCAGACCACAAGAAUUGCAAACAAUUGGAGAAAAAAGAGAAGAAGAAGAAGAAAUCCAAACAAAGACAUGAGCCAGCUCCCCCUACUGUCAAGAUUCCAGUUCGAAUGACAAGUAGAGGUCGUCCUGUAUACAAACCCAACAUCCUUCAGGUCAAGCUGACCAGUGACUCACGGUCCAAGAAAUCUAAGCGAAGAGCAGCUCUACAGAAGCAGCGGGAUGCCAUCAAGAAAGCUAAGAUCAAGAAGCAGCAGGCCGCAAAGAAGAAGAGAGGGCAGGCUAAGACGAAGAGGAAGGUUUCUAAAGUGCCUCGUAUAGAACCAAGGGAAAUGAAGAUCAUUUGGCGGUCUGAUGAUGAAGAGGAUGAUGAUGACGAUGAUGAUAUCAGUGAAUUUUUUGAUGAUGAUGCCGAUGGUGACUACACCCCUGCAGGUCGCAGAAAGCCCAGGGGCCUAGCAAAACUUGCAGCUGAUACAGAGUUCAGUGAUGGUGAGCUGAGCGACCAAGAAACCCAACGGAUCAAGCCCAAAGCUGGUCAGAGAGGAAGGAAACGUGUGAUCAAAAGGGGAGAUAAGCUACCACCUAAGAAAAGGAAAUAUUUGGAUAAAACAAGAUUGAAGGGUGAGACGUGGUAUCGCUGUCGCAUCAAGAAGAUGAUGAAAUAUACCAAGCGGUUCCAGUGCAAGAUCUGUCUUGUGGAAGUGAGUUUCAUCACCGAGGUGAUUGAUCAUAUCCAGAACGAGCAUGCAGACCAGAUCUCAGGCUUCCGUACAUCCCUAGGACCUCACCUAGAGAGAUGCGGCCUCACUGUCGUUUGGAGUCUGCCAGAGCUUCCAGAGUCUUCACAAACCACUCCAGGAGCAGGUAGAGAUGAUGGAUCUGUCUUGAAGAACAUGACGGAUACACCCGGAGGUGAUGGUGAGGGUACGUCAGCAUUGAAGCUUGGUAAUGAUAAGAAUGGAGGGGAGGAUGAGAGGGAAGGAGGUGGAGAUGGCUUUCCUAUGGGUGGGGGGAUUCUGAAGGGAGGUUAUAUGUCUUUGUUGGUAGGUAAUGAAGCAAAUGCUUCUUCUCGUGAAGCGGAUGCUCAGGAGGAUGAUGGAGAACCUGACACCAAGAGUAAGAAGACAGAUGAAGAAGGCAAGCAGGAUGGCAUAGUUGGAGGUGGCGAUCGUAGAGCGGUGGCUGUUCUAGAUGGCCAGACAGAUGUUCUCUUUAAAGAUCGUCAGAGUGAUUCCCAGGUUACCAAUCUAGAAGAAGAUGUUGAUGUGUUGUAUGAACUUCAAGGCUGGGUAGUUAUCAUGAUAGAAUGCCCAGACUGCCAAGAAUAUGUCAGUAUAUACAGCUUGCCUAAACACCAGUUCCUACAUAACAAGCCUAAGCAGGAACACAAAUGUGACAAGUGCAACAAAGUUUAUAGACGUCUCAACCUGCUACGCAAUCACCAGAAACGUCACAUGGAGAAACCUCCCAAACCCCAAGAAGAAGACAAGACUUUCAUGUGUGAGCUAUGUGGCGAUGUUUUUAGAAAGGCAAAAUACCUAAAGAAUCAUCAACUCCGUCACCAAGGUAACCUUCCAUUCGUCUGCAAAAUAUGUGACCGACGAUUCCUCUUCCAGAGACAGUUGAAACGGCAUGAUAUAAUCCAUCGAGAUGUGAAGCCUAUCCUGUGCCAGGAAUGUGGCCGUGGAUUUGUUCAGCGUUCACAGCUCAAUGCACACAUGCGUCAACACACUGGAGAGAAACCUUAUAAAUGUGACCUGUGUGAGCGAGCCUUCACCCAUAACGUCUCUCUCAAGACGCACAAGAAGCGAGACCAUGGCGUCCAGGUCGGCAAGUGUGCCAAUCCUCAUCUAGGACGUCCAAAAAUGGGCGGGGAGGGUCUACCCAAGAGCAAAGGCACGAGAGCAACAUCAUCCAGAAAGGCUUCCCAGACUAGGAACCAGACAGUGAUCAACAACCCUCCGACGAUGUCACAGUAUUCAGAAUGCAGAAUGGUCAAUCCUAUCAUGAAUCAUCUCCCACUUGGUCUAGUCAUCAACCCUGACAGACAAGGUAUGGAUCUUAGCAUGGAUUCCUCUGACAGUCCUCCUGGGAUGGACAGCAACAGGGCAGCACCCAUGCAGAGUAGGACAGAUGACCGAUCCCAUCGAGAGAGGCAUGCAUCUAUAGACAGACAGAGCGCAACCAUUCACAACAUGGACACCCACUCCAGACCAAACCACAGUGAAGGACAGAGCAACAUGGAGCAUCUAGGAAACCCCCAUAUAGAGAGAUCUGUCAUUAACAUGGACAGGCAUGCUGGGAAUGGAGCAGCAGGGAAUAGCAGCGCAAACAGUGGAGGCAACCAUAACUCCCACUCCCACUUUGAACGUGCCAUGGCCAUGCCGCUGAUUGAGAGAUCCCUUGGAAGUCACCUGAUGGACAGACAGGGACUUUCCCCUACAAUUGAUAGCCGACCAGGCAACGCUCAUAGCCACCACAUGGACCAUCACCAUCAUCAAGGUGGGAUACCACUCAUAGCCAGACCGGACAUGAACCAGCAUCUUAUGAGACAGAAGAAAGGGAAGGAAUUAGAGAUGCCCCCUCAUCAGAACAACCCGUCCCAUCCACCAUACCCUUGGGGAGCUUGGGGCAACGCUGGUGAAGGAAUGGGCAUGAGAUUCCCUGUAUUCCCACAGUAGACAGGAAAGCCCUUUUUAGAGUAGCUCAUCAUGCAUCUUCACUUCUACGUGGUGCCACUUACAGAUAAAACCUGAGGUAGAUACUUCAUGUACUUUGCCACUGACCUAUGGGUUUAUUGCAGGUUUUGCCUGUGCGCAUGUAGUUGUUGAUUUUGUGAGAUGGAACUUUUAAAUGGUUGGCCUGUUUUUAUUUUUCACAUCUAGGACAUUGUUUUAGAGCAUGAUUGGUGAUUAAAAUACAUGAGUUAUCAAUUAUUGCGUGAUAAAAGUGUAACAAUACAAACAUAUGAGACGCAUAUUUGCUCUUUUCAGAAAGGGUUGUAAGGUUAUCAUGUCAGAUUUAAAAUACUGUAUUGAAGAUGUUUAGAAUGUGUCUCCAUGUGGUCAUUCAAUGACAAGGUAUGCAUGGGCAGAGAAACAAAGAAAAAACAAAAACAAAACUUAUACAUGUAUAUAUGAAAGCCAACUCAAAACAAAAAUCAGAAACAAAAACUAAACCGAAAAAAAAAAUUGCACUUGCUAGUUUUAUUUAACAUGUAAAUUCAGUUUAGAAUUGUUCAUUAACAAAAUAAGUACACUUUCAGUAACUGUGAAAUCUGAAACUUUUGCAUCCUAAGAAAUUUUCACAAACUUUUUUGAGUGGUUCAGAUUUGUGAAUAAUUGGAUCCCAGUCGACACAACAUUAAAUUUAUGCUAACUUUCUUGCCAUGAAACUGGUCACCCGCAACAAUUCACCUGAGUUUCAUGUCGCUAAAGUUUUCUGAUUGUACAGUGAGUCACAUCUUGACAUUUGUUAUUAAAGGGAUUUCUGUGUCAUUUUACAUAACUAAAUGUAUUAAUUGCAUGUCAUAUUGAUAAAUGAGAACUUUCUAUUGUAUAUAGUACUGCACCGAUCUAUUAUCUAAAAGAGAAUAAGAAAGAAAUCACCAUACUUUUUAUUCAAGUAGCCAACAGCAUUACUUUUUUUUCACAUAUGCGGCAAGAUUCUUUUAAAAUCUGUAUUUUAAAGUAGAUGAAUAAUGUUUAACACUUGUAGCCUUGCAGGUAUGUAUGCAUAACAUGUAUCUCUCAGAUUUUAUGACAAAAUACUGCAUUUCAAGUAAAAGUCAUCAAAAUCUAGAGAACUAUCUUUUUAAGAGUGUAUAUAUUCACCAAAGAAUUGGAGAAAUGUUCGGCAAGAUAAUAUUGUAAAGUAAGUCAGGGUUUUUCCCUUUUUUAAGUAUUAUGAGGUGCAAGCUCAAAUCCUUGCUCUCCACUACCGUAGCCUAUUUGUAUUAUUCUUUUCAUAACCAUGUGGUUUCAUUUUUGUUUUUAAUAUUUAAGAAAACACUGGCAUGUGUAAACACUUGAUGUUGUUAUACAGUGCAUACUUGUGAUAAGUCUCAAAGGCUUACUUUUAUCACAUUUAAUGUGAAAUUUUCUUAGAACACUCAUCUAUAUGGACCGGUGCUGCGUAAAGAGUAGAAUACCUGUAGUAUUUAAAGAGGCAGUCAUCCUGAUAUUAAGUUGGUUGUCGUAAAAGCAGAAAUAUCAGAGAAACAAGUUAGUGAAAGCUCUCAAAAUAUUGUUUUUACUUAAACUGAAUAUCAGGGUAGACUUUGUUUUUGCUGAAAUCCAAACGAGAGCUCUUAGUUUCAUCUGGGAAGGCAUAAAUUCAUCUUAAUUGUCAUGCCAUACCCAGGAGAGUGAAGGGGUCACAUAGAAUGUGACAAAACCUUCCAAAUUGACUUAAAUUUAGUUGCCUUAUAUAUCAUUAGUUAUAUAUGAUAAUAUUAGUUAGAACUUUAGUGAUAAGAAAUUGAAAUUGAAAUUGAAAGCUAAUUUUGUAAUAAGCUUGAACAGCUAGAAGUAACUGUUCAAAGUGCUUUUGGACAGUAUUAUCACCAUGGGCACUGAAUUCAAUUUCAGUCCCACUCUGUGUACUGUGGUGCACAAGUGCAAAUUCCAAAGGAUAAAUUGGACAUAGAUCUAUAGAAACAAAUAUUACAAUAUAUUUCCCGUUGAAUUUUAUAAUGCCAUUUUACUUGAAGUAUCUCUAGUGCUAAGUGUAAUAUAGUGAGUGACAAAAAGUGCAGAAUUUUAGUGAUAUUUGCAUGUUGCUAGAUGUAUGUACUAUUAUUUGUUAUUACUGGUGCUAUUUUUCUAUAAAUGAUUAAGCUAAUAAUGAAAUGUCAACAAAUUAUUCUAAGUAUGCAAUAAUGAUGGUGAUAAAUUUUUUCUUCAAUAAGUACCAUUCUAAUGUAUUUUUCAUUGAUAAAAGUACUUUCCGUAAAUUUAAAUGAUGUAUCGUCCAAAAUCACACUGUAUCCUUGUUUGAGAGUAAAGCCCAUUGCAAACUUAGUAUCUGUCAAUGACGAAGUAGUGUGGAAGGUGUCAAUUGAAAUGGGCUUCAAAAAGUAGUUAUUGUAAAAUCCUUCAAAUUCAAGACUUCCAGCUGAUUAUAAAUCUUUAUUUUCAAAAAAGCACAGACUGGCACAUUUUUCACUCACAGCGAAUGCCCAAUAAGCCUUGAAUGAUAGUAAUAGUCACUGGCAUGACUUAUCGCAAGAACCCAUCUUUUUUCUCUCAAACUGAUAUUCUUUAAUAUACUAUUUUACAAUUUCAAUUCUGAUAUUUCUUUUAGAUAUUUGGAAUUCCAAUCAGGAAUAACUCGUAUAUUUCUGAUAUUCACAUCUAUUUCAUAAUGUAAGUUUUUACAAAAUGACAACAUUGUCAGAUAGUGUAGUGUACAGUGAGCUUCAUGAGAAAGCUAGCAUUGUUUUUAGUAAUGAAAAUGAAGACACAAAGAGUUUUGUUAUGAUUACAGUAGAAGAGAAUGGCAAAUAUCAAGAUAUUUUGAGAGGUUUUAUUAUAAUGAAAUAAUGAAUUUUAAGAAAUGUGCACUUUGAAUACUAAUGACAUGUUUAGUGCAUGCUAUACAUGCUAUACAAUAAAAUAGUUGUUGUAUUCAUGGUAUGAAUUUUAAUGAAACCUUUAUUGCUGAUUUGCUACAUUAUAAUGUGUGCUGCUAAUAUGAAUAGAGCUGUAUUUUAAAGGAUUUUAAUGCUGGAAUUUUCACAAAAUUGUAUAACUGCUGGUAAUGGUUACUAUUAAAGUAGUGUAAGAAAGAGAAAGCAAAAAGUGAAUGAAAUGGCAAAUUACUGAAUCAUGAUUUCUGUAUUCUUCUAAGCACGUUGUAAAUAGUUGUCAAUUUGAAUGUUCAAUGUCUGCAUGGUUUCAGUUCUUCAGUCUGUAUUUUCAAGUUCAUUUGAAGGUGAUAUGGAGACGGUACCUGAAGGGGUCGUCCAUCCUCCAUCCACCACAUUUGACAUCAAAUCUGAAGAACCGAUAUUUGAAUGCACAGUAUGCAUUAUUACACAAGGAGGAAGAUAAACUGCAGAAAAUGUCAAAGGUCAAUCAGAAUAUGAUGUCGUCCAUCCUGUUGAGGGUACGCUCAUUUGUAUAGUCCUAACAACAGAGGUUAGCUUUCUUCACAUCAAUGUUUUGUAGAUGAAUGCUGUAUUAGCCCUGUAAUGACUCCUGGUCCAGUGGUAGUAAACAAUGUAGUAUUAAGCUGUCACAGAAGGGAACAUUGUAUGUGUGUGUGGUGAUUUUAUAAAAUUUUAAAAUAACACAAUCUGCAAGUACUUGUAUCAUUUAGCGGACUUUAAUAGUUCCAUAGAUAGUUGAAUGUAUGUGUCUGAAUUAGCAUGUAAGCAUGUUUGGUACUGCAAAGAUAUAGAUAUUUUGGAAACUGUAAUAAUUAUACAUGUUCAUGUAGUUGAUGUGAGUUGAGUUGAGAUCAUGCCGAGUAUAUACAUUCGUAGCUUUCAACUCAUUUUGAUGAAAAUGAUUUUAAUCUCUGCACGACUAACUAUAGCCUUAAAUUAGAAUGAGUUUCUUCUCUUUAUCUAGCCAUUAUGCAUCACAUUGAUAUUAUAGGAUUGUAGCCAAUUAUAAGAUAAUAUGUGCAUGGAUGUGUUCUAACUCUGAGCAAAACUGUGCGCUUUAUUUGUAACGUGUUAUGCUUUAUUGUGCUGUAGAUUCAAUUUUUUAGUUUGACAUAUUUAGAGCCUUAAAUGAAAGCUGUUAAAUCUCUUACAAUUUUCUUCCCCUUUCUUGGUGUAUUCAUUGUAUAAAUUCCAUGCAAAUUUUCCAUGUUCUCUAUUCUUGCUAGUGUAUCAUGUAUAAUGUAUACAGUGGCCUGUAUUGAAGUUUUCAAGUAUUACCCAAAGAUCUUCUGUGCACUAAGCACACUAAACUGUAUGUUGCACAUGGAUAAGUUUGUGUGUGACACCAUUUUUUUCUUCUUCAAUUACAUCAGAAUUAUAAAUUCAAGGUGUAAUUUCAUUGGUACUGUAUGUGUUCAAGAAAAAAAAUUGUGAUAUUAAUAGAUUGAUGCUACGGUCAUAAAUAUUUUGUUUUCUCCUUCUGUUUACCAUAAAGUAUUCAUCAGAUAAAUGUGCCAAUACUAAAUUUUGUUCUGCAUAACAUGAUAAGAUGUAGAUUAUAAUUCUAUUCAUUUUCCUCAAGUAAAGCUGCGUAAAUUUCAGGCACAAUGGUCAUCUCUUUCAUAUAGUAAUUGAUAAAAAACGAAGACUAGAGAAAAAACUCAUUGUGUUAUUUACAAAAACAAAACAAAUUAAACUAUAAGACAAGGUGACUUGUGGCACAAUUAUUCCAACAAUAAACACUGUAUAAACAAUACAACUUAAUAGUUGUAAUCAUGUUAUGGUACAUUCAAUUUAGUGCUAUUAUCUCUUAAUAUCAAAUUAUUGUACUAAACAUAAGCUUUAACCAAUCAUAAACACAAUUAUAUUGAUGACCAGAAGAGAAAUAAGAAUAAGGUACCAAAAAAAAAAGGCUUGUUUAUCCCGUCCUUUACAUUGCUACAUUUCUAAUGAAUGCUUGCGUAAACGUAAUCAGUAUUUUUAAAGCUUAUGUAUUAUUUUAUUAAACAAACUGACCAUGAAUCUUUUUAUGUUCUAUAAUACAUGUAUGUAAAUCUAAUGACAUUAUUUCAAGAUUAGAUAUUGUAUGUAACUAUAAUUUAUGUUAACGUAGCAAAGCUACUCUUUAUAUGUUUCGUACAUUUUUAAAGAAACUAUUCUUUUCUUCCUAUCUUGUAUCAUUGUGCGCCUAUCGGUUGUUUUCAACAUUAAAUGUCAUCCUGACACAAACGGAAAUUUA